AUGGACGUCCUUGUGAGCCUGAUGGAUAAGAUAGCCGUUUACUUAGCGCAACAGAUUCAGAGAAUCCACCACGAGGCGGCACAAGCGGAAGAAAUGAGCUGUUUUCAGCAGUGCAUUACUGCAGGAUUUCCGAGAUCUCGAAAAAUCUCCCCGAAACGAAGAAAAGAAGAAAAAUCAGAGCAUCAUUUUCACCCUCCUUCUCCUUCAAAUCAAGGAAGACGCUUAUCCGAAAAUUACCCGUAUCACUCGGCCGCGGAGUCAUAUCAUAAUUACCCACAAAGUAACAUCCACCCUCCAAGAAGAUCAUCAGAUGGAGAGAGCUUGAUGAAUUCAUUCAAUGGCUCUUUACAUAGCUCGUUUGGCAGGAAGUUUCCGCCCCUCGCACCAAGAAAAAUAUUUUCACGAAAAGAGAGUCCCGUUACGGUUAUUGACGGCUCUAGCACUAGAAGAGCCAUUCAAGAGUGGCAACAACCGCCGAAGUACUCGACUUAUCAAUCAGUAGGAACGGGCUAUUUAAAACGCGCAACAAUGACCUUUUUCAAGAGGACAUUUCGGACAUCAAAGAAUCUAAUUAUUAGCUCUAUAAAAAAGGACCUGGUUUGGAUCUAA